AUGCCGCCCAUCACCCGGAAAGGAUCAGCAACCCUGAAGCAGCUGAAGAUUCAAUUGGACGAUUUGAAAUCUUCGUUCGAUGACAUUUCGUCUUUCAUUCAGAAGUUCUCUGAUGAAACAACCGCCACUCAGGUAGAAGUUCGGUUAUCAAAAAUUGAAGAAUUGUGGGAGAGAUUUAGCGAGAAUUUGGUUGAGCUAAAAUCUCAGGAUGAUUUUGAGGAUGAAGAGGGUUAUUAUGCAAAGCUUCGCAAACAGUUGAGCGAUCGGUACUAUGAAUCCAAAACUUUCCUAUUGGACAAGAGUAAGCUGCUUCGGGAACCGUCUGAACUGGAAAAGUCUACCCAUGAGCCGAAAAUGCAAGGUGUGGUUGAUCAUGUCCGAUUACCACAAAUCAAUCUCCAGACGUUCAGCGGGGACAUCGACGAUUGGUUGAGUUUUCGGGAUCUAUUCACCUCGUUGAUUCAUUGGAGAACCGACUUGCCCGAGGUGGAGAAGCUGCAUUACCUUAAAGGGUGUCUUCAAGGGGAGCCGAAAAGCCUGAUCGACUCGUUGAAGAUCACCAAGGCGAAUUACCAGAUCGCUUGGGACACGCUAUUGAAGCGAUAUAACAACAACAAGUUGCUGAAGAAGAAGCAAGUCCAAUCAUUAUUGAAGCUUCCGACCCUAAGUAAGGAAUCCGUAUCCGAACUGCGCAACUUUGUUGAAAGCUUCGAACGUAACAUUCAAACCCUCGAUCAGAUCAUCGAACCAGCGGACUACAAGAACCUGUUGCUGGUAAAUCUCAUCACCAUGCGGUUGGAUCCAUACACCCGUCGUGCCUGGGAAGAAUGUUCGGCCUCCAAGGAACAAGAUUCGCUGGAGGAGCUCACGGAAUUCCUUCGUAAGCGGAUCCAAGUACUGGAAUCACUCCCUCCAAGGCAAGCAGACUCCAAGGGCGUCCACAACCAACAAACGGCUCCAAAACCCAAAUUUCCAGCGCUGAAGGCCAGUUACAAUUCCGUUCAAUCGAGCGGGGGAAGAUGUGUGGCUUGUGAGGACAACCACCUUCUAUAUCAAUGCUCCGCAUUCCAACGACUAUCCGUGGCGGACAGGGACUCACUAUUGAAAUCCAACGGACUCUGCCGAAAUUGCUUCCGAUCCGGUCAUCAGGCAAAGGAUCGCCAAUCCAAGUUCUCCUGUCGGAAGUGUAAUCGUCGGCACCAUACCCUAGUGUGCUUCCAACCGGAGAAGGGCGCUACCAUGGCCGCAGCAGCUGCUGGGAGGAAUAAUCUCUCAAACUCUCAAGGUUCCAAGAGCUCCAAUUCGAAUCAACCGGCUAGCGGGGCGACCACGAACACCACGACAUGCAAUGUGGCUCAGAAGAUUUCAUCGCCAGUCCUACUAGCGACUGCGGUGGUCAUCGUCGAGGACGACUUUGGUACAAGGUUCAACGCUAGAGCUCUUCUGGACUCUGGCGCUGAAAGUAACUUCGUUUCGGAGCGACUGAGCCAACGAAUGAAAUUAUCCAGAGAAAGGGUCGACAUUUCAGUUCUUGGUAUAGGGCAGACAACCAGCAAAGCCAAGUACCAGGUUCAAAUGAUGGUUCGCUCGCGAGUUUCGGAAUAUUCGCGGGAUAUGAGCUUCCUAGUAUUACCCAAGGUUACCGUGAAUUUGCCCACAACCCCAAUCAACAUGGAAGGAUGGAAGUUACCGGAUGGAAUCCAAUUGGCGGAUCCAGCUUUCUUCCAAUCCAAGGGAGUCGACAUCAUCCUAGGCAUCGAGAAUUUCUUCGAGUUCUUCGAAACUGGGCGAAGACUUUCUAUCGAGAACCAUCUCCCAAACCUCGCGGAAUCGGUAUUCGGAUGGGUAGCCAAUGGUGGCUGCUCAACACCAAGCAGAUCCACUCAAAACAGCUGCCAUUUCUCAGCCACUAUGGAACUGGAGAAGCUGAUGGAACGGUUCUGGUUAUGCGAAGAAGUAGAAUUCUCCAAUUCCUUUUCUCCAGAAGAAAAACUCUGUGAGGAGCUGUUCCAACGUGGGGUCCAAAGAGGUUCGGACGGUCGGUACACUGUUCCCUUACCAAAAAAUGAAGAGGUUCUUCCAACUCUUGGCGAGUCACGGGACAUCGCAUUCCGACGUCUUCUUGGAACAGAACGACGGUUGGCAAGGGAUUCCAAUUUACGGGAACAGUACGUCGCGUUCAUGGAUGAAUACCUGAAAUUGGGGCACAUGCGAAGGGUCGAAGACGCCGUGUCAACCAAACGGUGUUAUCUACCUCAUCAUCCGGUGGUCAAGGAGGCGAGUACCACCACCAAGGUCAGGGUUGUCUUCGACGCCUCAUGCAAGACAUCAUCCGGAGUGUCCUUGAACGAUGUGCUUCUGGUGGGACCAGUUGUGCAGGAGGAUAUGAGAGCAAUCAUUCUACGGAGCCGGACAAAGCAGAUUCUCCUCGUAUCGGAUGUUGAGAAAAUGUUUCGGCAGAUCCUUACUUCGUCAGUGGAUCGAUCACUACAGUCGAUACUCUUCCGGUUUUCACCCGACGAGGACGUUACGGUAUACGAGCUAGAAACCGUCACGUAUGGAACCAAACCCGCUCCCUUUCUAGCAACUCGUACUCUUCAGCAGCUGGCAGCUGACGAAGAAACCCGUUUCCCGCUCGCAGCAAAGGCAAUUCGUGAGGACGUCUACAUGGACGACGUAAUCACUGGCACGGAUGAGCUAGAAACAGCUAUCUCCCUCAGAUCCCAACUAACGGAGAUUAUGGAAAGCGGUGGUUUCAAGCUCAGGAAAUGGUCCUGCAAUAUUCCCGCAGUUUUGGAAGGCGUACCCACGGAGAAUCUGGCUAUUCCCAAUAGUACCGGAAUCAACCUAGAUCCGAACCAAUCGGUCAAAACGUUGGGCCUGACAUGGAUGCCCAACACCGAUACCCUACGAUUCCAGUUCGAAGUCCCGCAGUUAGAUCCUCAUAUCCCACUAACGAAGCGCCGUAUCCUAUCACUCAUCGCUACGUUAUUUGAUCCUCUUGGCCUGAUCGGAGCUACGACAGCAUCUGCCAAAAUCUUGAUGCAGCACCUGUGGACGCUAGAGGACAGAAACGGUAACCGGUUGGAUUGGGAUCAACCAGUACCUCCAACGGUGGGUGAGCUAUACGAGAAGGUCAAAAACUCUACUCGGUUGGCGGCUCAGACGUACUUCUGGACGGAUUCCACAUGUGUGCUGCGUUGGAUCGAAUCUACACCAGCAACUUGGACCACGUUCGUUGCCAACAGGGUGGCAAAAAUUCAAACGCUAACGGAAGGAUGGCAAUGGAGACACGUACCCGGUACAGACAACCCAGCGGACCUAAUAUCACGUGGAGUGUCACCUGAAGACAUCGUCCACAACGAACUCUGGUGGGAAGGUCCGUAUUGGUUGAAGCAAGCUCCAGAAUCAUGGCCUGGUGCUGUUGAAGAAAACCUAGAAGCAGGAGAGGAAGAAAGGUGCCGCGCCGUAGUUGCGUGUACCGGAUCAUCCGUAGCGGAAUUCAAUGAAAUGUACCUCAGCAAAUUUGGAUCGUACGCUGACCUGAUUCGACGAACAGCUUACUGGCUACGGCUGAUGAAUCUUCUACAAAUCCCAGCGGCAAAUCGUUCUCCAAACGGAUUCCUAACCACAGCGGAGCUGAAGGCUGCUGAAAAUGCUAUUCUGCGGAACGUCCAACGAGAAGUCUUCGCAGAAGAAUGGAGGGUUUUAUCGAAAGGAGAGUACGUAUCGAGGAAGUCACCGUUGAGGUGGUUUCAUCCGUUCAUCUGCAAGGAUGGAAUCAUCAGAGUAGGAGGUCGUCUGAAGAAUUCCGAUGAACUGGAAGAGCGAUUCUUGCAAGCGUUGCGACGAUUUGUGUCGCGGCGAGGAAAAUACUCAGAUAUCUAUUCAGAUAAUGGCACAAAUUUCGUCGGCGCUAGGAACCAAUUGACCGAACUCUUCCGUUUGCUGAAGGAUCGAGAACACAACGAACGAAUCGCUACCGAGCUCGCCACGGACAGUAUUCAAUGGCACUUCAAUCCCCCGAGUGCUCCACACUUCGGAGGCCUCUGGGAGGCAGCUGUCCGGUCGGCCAAGAAACACUUGCUGAAUGUUAUCGGAGAAGCGGUAUUUUCAUUGGAAGAUUAUACCACGCUGCUAACGCAGGUUGAGGCCUGCCUGAAUUCCCGUCCGUUAACCCCAAUGUCGGAUGACCCAGAUGACUUGGAGCCGUUGACACCGGCGCACUUCCUUGUGGGCUCGUCGCUUCAAGCUCUUCCUGAUGUCGAACAUCUCACCGUCCCGGUGAACCGCCUGAAUCAGUUCCAAGUGAUCCAGCAGAAACUGCAGCAUUUCUGGGUCCGUUGGCGACGGGAAUAUUUGAGCCAACUGCAGGCCAGAACCAAAAGAUGGAAGCCUGCAAUUCCCAUAGAACCAGGAAAACUAGUUAUCAUCAAGGAUGAAAACCUCCCUCCGAUCCGUUGGAAGAUGGGAAGAAUCAUUGCUCUACACCCUGGCGAUGACAACAUUACCAGAGUCGUGACCGUUAAGACUGCCACCGGUGAGCUGAGGCGUCCGGUGGAAAGGAUUUGUAUUCUUCCUAUUCCAACCGAUGAAGAAGAACACGUCACCCAGAAUAUCGCGCUGUAA